UAACACAUAAAUUAAUGGCUGUGAUCGGAUUUGCUCGUCUUCUCGACUAUUACAUUCUGAUCGGAGCAACGAUCUGCAAGAAAGGACAAGAUAGUCCUCUUUUAAUCACCACGUCUCAAGAGUACAUUGCCUCGCCCAUGUUAUUGGAAUACAUAUUUCAAGAUUUUUUAAUACAUAUUACAACUAGAAAUACUCUGUCCUGCUGCAAAGUGCACUGGAUCCCAAAUUUCGCAAAGAGCAGAUCAGUUCUACAAGCUAGUCCGCUUCCAGCAUACACUCGCGUGGGGAGUAGUGUCCCACAAGAUGACUCAGCGGGUGGGGGCGGGCAUUGUCGUCAUGAAGGAUCUCCAAAUGUCUACUCUUCUUCGCCCGCGCAACGAUCUGAAUCCAUUUCAUCUGAAUUGACAUGGCAGCUCCGCGACUGCCAUUUCUAUGGCCUAUGCUUUUCAGGCCCCUCCAGGCCCAGCGACCAAGAGCCCGAAUCUCCUCGCGAAAGCCGACCACAACCACCACACGCACCCCUAAGCAGCGAUUCGCAACCACGUCUCGUCGUCGGGAGGAGGUCUCCCAGCGGUACGGGACAGCACAGGAACCGCUACCCCAUCUCCGAUCCGAGCAACAAGACAUCCGGGAGUCAUCUCAAUCGCAAGAUGAACCUGCGCAAAAUCUCAAGAAAAGUGCGCCACCAGAAGAGAAAGAAGAGCCCGUAGAAGAGGAGGAAGAGGAGGAGCCGCCUGCCAUAGUUACACCCUCUCCGUCCGGUCUUCCUGCAGAAGAGGUCUCGAAAGCCUUGCCGCCUCCUACCCCGUCGCCCGCGCCACCCAAAACCCCCGAGGCAAAACCUCUAGACACAGUCCUGCAUAUGCCCUCGCCAGCGGAGGAAGAGCAACGCAAACCCCCACACCUCAAAACGCCUCCAUACGUACAUCACUUUGACACGUACUCUCUCGUCAAAGAUCUGACUGUUUCGGGCUUCUCACAAGCACAAUCUGUCAGCAUCAUGAAGGCUGUGCGGGAUAUUUUGACAGACAACAUUGCGCUGGCGCGCCAGGGGCUUGUUAGCAAAAGUAAUGUGGAAAACGAGACAUACUUAUUUCGCGCAGCGUGCAGCGAGCUACGUACCGAGCUGGGCGCUAGUCGCAACAAUGAGGUGGAACGAAUGCGGAGUGAACGAGGCCAACUACAGCACGAGGUCGAUCUGUUAGGACAAAGAUUAGGGCAGGAGACAGGAUACCUCAAGGACGAACUGAAAGGGCUAUUCGAUGAUCGGAAGAUGGCCGUGAGGCAGGAGCAAAGAAUCAAAGAGACACAGAUCCACGAACUCAAUUACCAAAUCACCAUAAAACUCACCUCCGAUGCGCGUAGCGAAGUCGAAGGCCUACGAUGGGUCCUCACACGCAGAGCCGCCAUGACAAUCGGCAUAUGUGCAUUCAUGCUCUUCGUCGCCCUGCGCUACUCCAGUUACGUUACGCACCAACUAAACGAGGUUAAGAAAGAAGAAGAGAAGAAGAAGAUGUUACCGCCGUCUGAUGAUGGAGGACCAGGCUUCGGUGGAGGCGGCGGGCCGCCCGCGACCGGUAAACCUGCACUGGGCGAAGAUGCGCCUAUGGGUGGUGAACUGUUGACGACAGAAGGGGGUGUGCCGUUGGCAUAA